AGGAGAGGAGGAGAUGAGAGGAGACACUCCCAAACUAACUGCCCAUUGGCCUAUAGGCAUUUUGGGAGAGAUUUUAACAAUUGGAGAGGGAGGGAGAGAGCAAAAGUCACUGCAAGCGUAGAGGUCUUUGAAUCACUGGCCUGGGCCUGUCAACAGGUGGCAGAGGGAGAGGCUUGGUGACGUUCAGUCCUUUAGAGAAAAGAGAGAAAGAAAGAGAGUAGAGGAGGAGAAAGUUAAAGAAAAUCCACAAGGCCAUGACCACCAGAUUCCUGUGGAGGGCCCGGUCCCUGCUGGCCCUACUCUGCAUCAUAUCACCGUUCUGCACCGCCAACAACAACCCAGACCCCUCAGCCCCAGAGCAGGGAGUCACCUUCAGCCAUGUCUAUAAAAUCGACAGCUCCAGUUGUAAACUCGAAAGCCUGCCAACCCAGGGCGAAACAGGUCUGCAGACAGAAACCACUACAAAUGGAGAGAACGACAUCAUCUUCAGACACAACAUUAGGCUGCAGACACCAAAAUGUGACUGUGCGGAAUCGGAAAGCUUUAAGUCACUCUUGUACAGAGUCAACGGGCUGGAGGAAGAGGUCAACUACCUAAAGACCCAGUGUACUCAGGGAUGUUGUGGAAAAGGUGGCGCUGCAGGAGUGGACACAAGCUGUAGUGGCCAUGGUACCUACCAACAGGACACCUGUAGCUGCCUCUGUAACCCAGGAUGGGAAGGCCCAGACUGCUCCGUGUCCUCCUGCCCCGACGAGUGCAAUGACAACGGCCGAUGUGUGGAUGGGAAGUGCGUGUGCCAUCAGGGCUACACUGGAGAAGACUGCAGCCAGCUGAUGUGUCCAGACAACUGCAACGACAAGGGACACUGCGUGGAUGGAAAAUGUGUGUGUUUCCCACACUUCACUGGCGAGGAUUGCAGCAUCCAGAAGUGUCCCAAUGACUGCAUUGGUAAUGGCCAGUGUGUGGACGGCCAGUGCAUCUGUGAUGAAGGCUUUUAUGGAGAAGACUGCUCAUUAGUCCUCGGCCCUCAGGGUCUGCGGUUGGUCCAGGUGACUGACGCCUCUCUCCUGGUUGAGUGGGAGUCAGUUCAUGGGGCAGAGUAUUACAUUUUGACAUAUCAUCCCAAAGAUGAUGAGAGUGCCCUGCAGCAAGUUAGGGUUCCCAACACAGAGAACUCCUACCUCAUCACAGGACUGUCUCCUGGGAUCACCUACAUCGUCCAGGUUUAUGCCGUCAUCAAAGAAAUCCAAAGUGAAGCAGACAAGAUCGAAGCUACCACAGAUGUCUCAGCUAUUGAUGAUAUCCGAGUUCUUGGCCAGACAGAAGUCUCUAUCCAGGUGGAAUGGAAGAAUCCAGCAGCUGACCUGGAUCACUUCAGGCUCACACACACUGACCCCGCAGGGCAGGAGGAAGAGCAGAACGUUCAGAAGAGCCAGGAGGCGCGCACCAAACACACUAUUGUGGGUCUGUUUCCAGGAACAGAGUACCAAAUCUCAGUGCAGGCCAUCAAAGGAGCCACUGAGGGAAAAUCUUCCUUUGUCAUUGGUGCCACAGACAUUGAUGCUCCUACCAAUCUGGUCACCACAGAAGUAACAGAGGACACUGCAACAGUUUCAUGGGAUAAGGUCCAGGCAGAGAUUGAGGGCUACAUGUUGAGCUACACCUCUGCUGAGGGCUCCAGUACCGAGAUCCCUGUAGGACUUGACAGCACGUCAUAUAGGCUUAUUGGCUUGAAGCCAGGAGUUCUCCACACUGUCUACAUCUGGGCCUUCAAGGGAGAGAAAGUCAGCAAGAAGAGUUCAACAGAAGCUGAAACAGAGCUGGACGCUCCUACUAACGUCUUGGCCCAAGAUGAAACAGAGUCCAGCUUCAGGGUGUCCUGGGAUCACACCCAGGCAGAAAUUGACAACUACGUCCUAACCUACAGCUCUUCUGAGGGCUCAAGUGAGGAAAUCCCUGUUGGGUCUGACAGUUCUUCAUACAUGCUGACUGGCCUGAGGCCUGGGGUCCUCUACACUGUCUACAUCUGGGCCAUGAAGGGGAGCAAAGCCAGCAGGAAGAUCUCAACACAAGCUGAGACAGAACUGGAUGCUCCUGCUAACCUCUCAGCUCAAGAUGUGACAGAGUCCAGCUUCAGUGUGUCGUGGGAUCCAGUCCAGGCCGAAAUAGACGGUUACGUCCUAACCUACAGCUCUUCUGAGGGCUCUAGUGAGGAAAUCCCAGUGGGGCCUGACAGCACCUCUUACGUGCUAACUAGUUUGAGGCCUGGGGUCCUCUACACUGUCUACAUCUGGGCCAUCAAAGGAAACAAAGCCAGCAAGAAGAUCUCAACAGAAGCUGAGACAGAACUGGAUGCUCCUGCUAACCUCUUAGCCCGAGAUGAAACAGAAUCCAGCUUCAGCGUGUCAUGGGAUCGAGUCCAGGCAGACAUUGAUGGCUACAUCCUAACCUACAACUCAUCUGAGGGCUCUAGUGAGGAAAUCCCAGUUGGGUCUGACAGCACCUCUUACAUGCUGACUGGCCUGAGGCCUGGGCUCCUCUACACCGUCUACAUCUGGGCCAUCAAAGGGGACAAAGCAACCAGGAAGAUUUUUACACAAGCUGAGACAGACAUUGAUGCCCCUCAGGACCUGAAGGCGACUGAUGUGGCUCUGGACUCUGCUGUUUUGACCUGGAUCGCUCCUCUUGCUGACAUUGAGGGGUACAUCCUCACCUACAGAGACGAGGAUGGCAACAUGGAGACAGUUGAAAAGCAGCUUGGAGCUGGCGAGAGCAGGUUUUCUGUAACCGGUUUGGAGAUGGGGAAGAGAUACAUUGUCACCAUCAUUGCCUACAGGGGGAACAAGAGGAGCAAAGUGGCACAGACCAUCUUCAAAACAGUUGGUCUCCUGUACCCCUUCCCCAUGGACUGCCUUCAGGUCAUGAAGAAUGGCAAUAAGAACAGUGGUAUCUACACCAUCUAUAUUAACAAUGACCGCUCCAAACCAAUUGAGGUUUACUGCGACAUGGACACUGAUGGAGGCGGCUGGCUGGUGAUCCAGCGUCGUAACAUUGGCAAGCUGGACUUUCUGAAACGUUGGAGACAGUACAUAGCAGGUUUUGGCAACAUGACAGAGGAGUUCUGGAUUGGUCUGGAAAAGAUAUAUGAGCUCACCAACACUCCUACUCAGUAUGAGCUGAGGUUUGACUUGGGCCUGGGCUCAGAGAGAGUCUAUGCUGUAUAUGACAACUUUAAGAUUGCACCGGUCAAGCAGAAGUUCAAACUCACUAUUGGCAAAUACAGUGGGACAGCAGGUGAUGCUAUGACCUACCACCAAGGCCGGCCCUGGACUACUAUUGACUCAGAUAAUGACAUCGCCCUAAGUAACUGUGCCCUGGCCCACCGUGGUGCCUGGUGGUACAAAAACUGUCAUCUUGCCAACCUCAACGGGAACUGGGGAGACAGCAGGCACAGUGUGGGAGUGAACUGGAAACCGUGGAAGGGCCACCUGACGUCCCUCGACUUCACCGAGAUGAAGAUCCGACCUGUGGGAUCCUUGUCCACCAGGAAGAGGCGAUCGUUGAUGGCCAGAGAGAAGAGCAGAACCACAAACCUCCAGAAGAAAUAAUGCAGCACCUCCGAUUAAAACCGCAACAGCCAUCAUCAGUCCCAUUAACCUGCCAUCACGCUAGAUUUGGGUGUUUCUGUACAUAUGUACAUACAUAUGUCUUGAUGCUCUGACCACACAAGGGUUCCCACUGGUCUACAUGCCUGUAUGUCUCAACUCUUAGACAACGUGUACUCUUUUGGGGCAAAGAGAGAAAUGCCUCAGAGUUGUUUUGAAGUGAAGUGAAGUGAAGUUGACGAUUUUAGUCUAUCAGUUAUAAUAAAAUUGUAAUUUAAACUCCUGUUUCACUGAUUCUGGUAGUAACCUCAAUUAUAAAUCAGGAAACAGUAGAUUUAAGUUAAAAAAUCUAAUUUUUCUCCUAUUACUGCAUUCAUUUUAACUUUUUUUUAAAAAAAACCUCAGGGCUGCAGCCGAGGUUAUUUGUAUUAUAUUUGUUUAUUUUAUGUCCUAUGAAGAAUUUGAGUAGCAACUUGUUUGUGUAUAGUAGCAUUGUCAUAAUAACAUAAAAGUAAAAGAAAGAAGUGGUAAAAA